CUUUAUUUUGUUGGUGGCUGUCAAAGGUGACUGUGUGUGUUUUCUUUAACAUUUCGAAGACAAUAUUCACAUUAUUAGAGCAAUAGUCAUUUCAGAAAAAUCCGUGGUCCACGGUACAUAAAUGCUGUACAUAAAUACAGUAGAUUAGAGUGAACUGUGGCGUGAGUGUGAAUUACAAUGGAACGCGGUAAGAUGUCCUCCGCAGGGCGCGGGGCCAAAAGUAAGGUCCCGCAGCACCCGGCGGAUAUCUUCGCCUUGGGCAGUAAGUCUACCGUGGUCGUCAACAGAGAUGCAGAGAAGAGGAACAUUCAUAAACCGUCCACAAGCAGCGUGGAACGUAAACGUGAACCAUCUGGGUUUGGUAACCCUCCUCCUAACAAGAGAUCUAGGAUCGGCUCCCCGGCAGAGGCUGUGGGGGGCACUUCUCUAGAGGUGGACCCGGUCGACCUGGUGCCCAAUGUUCUACAAGCCCUGGAUACACAUAACUCUGACAAAUUGCUUGGACUAUUGACAGGCUCCAUACGCCUCCUGAAAUCACAGAGAUCUAAACCCGACCCAAUACUUUGUAUGAGUAUGCUCUAUUUGACCAAGAUACGUCCUAACAUGUUUGCUCACGAGACCGUGACACAGAGCCUCUGUACUCUGCUGAAGAGAGAACAAGGAGCUGCUUUCAAAAGCAAAGGAAACCCGUUAGUGUUUGUGUUAGCGUGCAACAUGUUGUAUGCGGGACAUCGUGAUAGUAAAAACUGGCCGGAUACAUUUAUCAAGGUGUACAUGGAAGACGCAUUGAAUGAACGGUGGUGGGUGGAGUGCUCUUGGUGCAAAUGCCUGGUGGAGAACAUUGUUACUGCCUUCAGCACAAAGCAUCCACCUCCGCACCUCAUUCCUAGUGAAAAUACACUUGGGACAAUGUCUCCUUCUGGCUCGGGAUCUCCACUGAUGGGCAGCACUGAAGACGACACAGAUAACACAGACUUAGAGUACACUGUUUUUCCAAGAUAUUCUAGCAGUUACGAAACAGUGGAGGCCCUGGUGCUGGAAGCCAUCAAGGAGCAGAUACAACGGCGCGCGGCGCCCGACGCCAUCCACAAGGGCUUCCUCAAGCUGCUGUCUGCCACUUGUGGCUUUCCCGAGAUACGCAUGAUCGCGGCGUCGCGGCUGGAGGCGUGGCUGCACUCGGGCAAGCUGUGGCGCUGCGCGCAGGAGCUGCUGGCGUUCGUGUGCUGCAACGCGGACGCGUGCGGGCCCACCGCGCAGCGCGACCACGAGGUGCUGGCGCAGCUCGCGCGCAUGCGCCUCAAGACCAAGGCGCUGCAGGCCGCCUACCAGGCCUGUCUCCGUGAAAUGGUGACGGACAGCCCCGCGCUCCUGCGCAGCGUGGUGACGCACACGAUCUACAACGAGCUGUCCAACGUGCGCUCGCCCAACAACAUGGCGGUGCUGGCCGCGCUGGUGCAGGCGCAGCCGCAGCUGGUGCCGGCGGCCAUGGCCGACACUUACCACGAGUUGCUGAUCCGCUCGGAGGACUACCUGCGGCCGCUGCGCGCGCUGACGCGGGAGUGCGUGCGCGCGGCGCGGGCGGAGGCGGGCGCGGCGGGCGGCGCGGCGGGCGGGGCGGGCGGCGCGGCGGGCGCGCUGGCGCUGGCGGCGCUGGCCCGCGCGCUGGCCGCGCCGCCGCCGCACGAGCCCGCGCCCGAACUGCGCGACAGGGCCUUCGCCGCCAUCGCUGACCUGUUUUGCUGUUUCUGCAUGCUGACCGCGCAGCACAGCAAGCAUUUACCAGAUUACCGCCAUCAGAUCACCAUGAUACAGUGCUCAGCCCUGGGCUGGCUGCUGGAGACCGCCGUGCCCAUGUACAGACCUUCACAGCACGACUUCAGGCACGCUCUCAACAAGAUAAUGUUCGUGGAGCCAGCGGAGACGUACAGCAAGGUGGACAACUGGCCGCCCGAGUCCGAGCGCGCUCUGACCUACCGCCUGUGCUGUGAGGCGCCCCUGCCUCAGAACAAUCUGCUCAGAGUCAUCUUCAUCGGGUUGGCUAAGGACAUGCCAGUGAGCCCGGCGGAGACCUUCGAGCUGGUGGAGCAGCUGGUGCGGCGCGCAUGCGCGCUGCCGCCCGAGGACUGUCCGCUACAGCUGGACAAGCUGGAAGUGGCCGACUACAUCUUCCAGCUGUGCCAGUUCAACCCGCCAGACAACAUCAGCUUACCACCUGGGUACACGCCGCCGCAGCUGGCCAUCACGUCGCUGUACUGGCGCGGCUGGCUGCUGCUGGCCAUGCUGGCGGCGCACAACCCCGACACGUUCGCGGGGCCGGCGGCGCGCGCCUACCCCACGCUGCGGGCGCUCAUCGAGACCUGCAUCACCAAUAAACCAAGCAUAGAAUGGAACACGAGCGCAAGCGCCGGCACUGAAGCCGAGAGGGCGGAGGCCGAGAGGGCGGCCAUACUGCAGCUGGAGAGCCACCUCGCGGCGGCCAGCAACGCCAAGCUGCCCGUCACCGAGCACACGUCCAGGCUGCUGAGCCAGCUCACCAUCCUAGACCCCCUGGGGCCGGCUCGGAAGCCCCCGCAAUCCGUGGUGGAGACGCUGCAGGCGUUAUCCUCGCAGAUGAGGCUGGGCAAGCUGCUGUGCAGACAGCCGGCGCUGCUGCUGGAGCUGGUGGAGAGGCACGGCACCAGGCGGGCAAUGCCUUGGCUGCACCAGCUGCUGAGGCACGAUCGCCUGGAACUCAGCGUGUUGCCCGUGCAAUGCCUGUGCGAGUUCCUGUCGGCCGGCGUGGGCGGCGAGGCGGGCAAGGCGGGCCAGCUGUGCGCGCACCUGCGGCGCUCCGUGGCGGGCGGCGAGGCGGGCGCGCGCGCCGUGCUGCACUACUACCUGCAGCGCCUGGCGCACGCGCACGCCGCCACCAGGGCCGCCGCCAACAGGGGUCUCAAACUGGUGUUAACACAAUCUGGGGACGAGGCCACCGAAAUGGAUUACAACGCGGAUGUUAGUCCCGGGGAAUGGCUAGAACUGGUGUGGCACCUCCGCCACUGGCCAGCGGUCCGCUCCGAGGUGGUGGCCCGGGUGCGCGCCGCCUGCCUGGUGGAGUGCGUGCCCGGCCACGUGGCCGACUACCUGCAGUUCCUCGCCAAGCACGUGGCGUCCACGCCGCAGCACGACCACACCGACCUGGCCCUGGACCUCAGCCAGGUGCUAAUGGAGCGCACCACCGUGAUCGGCAGCGUGCUGCCGCCCGCCGAGCUGCGCGACCCGCCGCCCCCCGCCGCGCCCCGCCCCCACCGCACGCUGCACGCCCUCACUCUCAUACUGUACACGCACUUGCGGCAGCAAAUGCAGUCCAGCAUUGAGUCCCCGGACAGCGAGGCGGCGCCGUGGAGCCCCACGGAGACGGUGUCGCUGCAGUGGGCCAGUGGGCGGCGGGCCACUCUCCACGUCAACAUAGCGCAGGCGCACCUCAAGCUGUUGUGCUAUGGACCCUCCAUAUACGACACCAACCAAGAGAUGUACACGUGGCUUCAAAACGCGUGGGUGGGCGCCGACGCACCAAUCGCGACAGUGGGCGGGGUCGGCGGUGACGCGGCCGACAACGCACUGCUCCCUGAUUGGCUGAGGCUGCACCUGGUGAGGUCGGCGAGACCGCCGCUAUUGGAGGCCGGGCUGCGGUCGCUGCCGGCCAAUAAGCUCGCGUUAUUCAUACAAACGUUCGGAAUGCCGGUGACUUCGAUGAGCGCGCUGCUGGCGGCGCUGGACGCGUGCCCGGCGGGCGCGGUGGUGCGGCUGGGCGUGGAGCGCGGCUACAUGGCGCAGCUGCUGCGCGUGCAGCGCGCGCGCGGCGCGGCGGGCGGGCGCGCCUUCGCCGCCGCGCUGCAGCUGCCCGCGCGCGCCGACCUGCCGGAUGAGAACCUCUUCGCCCCCACUCCCCUCCCAAAGGAGACGGUGUCCCCUUGGAGCAGCGGACCCCGGGCCCCCGAGCCCCUCCCGCUGGAGAUGAUCCCGGCGGUGCUCAGCGACUCCACCGGGGAGCUCCACGCGGCCGCCACCCAGCUGCUGCAGCUGGUGACAUCGGAAGCGAAGCGCGCCAAGGCCAACGGCGGCGCCCUGCCGCCGGGCGGAGCGCCCUACUCGGAGGCUGUAGUGGCGCACUUGCGGCUCGCGGCCGCCAGCGGCGCUGGUGUCGCCGCGCUGGCCGCCCGCCAGCAGCGCGCCGCCACGCUGCUGCGUGCGCUGGCGCCGGCUCACGCUGAGGUGGCGUCAGCCCUCCUCUCCCAGAUGAAGUGCGUGACAGGUCCCCUGGCCAACGUGCUUGUUCUCUCCCAGCGGACGCAGCAGCGACACCUGCCGGAGAGGCCGCUGCAGCAGUACACCAGGGACCAGCUCAUUGCUGUGUUCGAGUCGGCGACGCCCAGCUCGCUGGAGAGCAUAGGCAACAAGAUCAUAGAGACACAACCCACUCAGCUCGUGGUGGACGUCAUAUCUCAGCUGCUGGAGAACAACCAGAAGGGACUUUACGAGACGCAGGUCAAAACCGAAGACGGCGAUGCUCAGCCAGGUCUGUUCUCCCGCGGCGGCCUCGGCUGCGGCUUGCUACUCGACUGGCUGGCGGAGCUCCAGCGCGAGAUAAUCGGUCCGGAGCCCCAGCGGCAGAUGCGGCUGAUGUUCGUGCCGGGCUGCGCGGCGUGGCGGCCGCUGCUGGUGACGCUGCUGGCUCACCGCGCCUCCUGGAGGACGCUGCACGCCGCGCUGGCCGCCUUGCUGGCGCCGGGAGAGUGGGCAGCCAGCUCCGUGCUGGACUUCGCGGAGACGCUGGUGGGCAGCGAGCGCGUGUGGCAGGGCCGCGACAAGGCCACGCCCAAGCACUACACCGCCGAGGACACGCUGCACAUGACGCACCACCAGUUGGACGUGCUAAUACGUUACGUGGUCGCCGAAGCUGAAGAGGCGGAGCGCGCCGGCGGUCCGGAGGCGAUGCGCCGGCGCAUAGAGUCGCGGCUGCCUCUCAUACUGCGCUGCUGCGGCACCCCCCACGCCUUGCUGGCCUGCGCACUGGCCGCUGCCAGAGAGCAUCCUAUGCUACUUCUUCUUCUGUACAUGAAGGUACCGAAAAUCCUUCAACUCCUGCGCUCGUGCUCGGAGCGGCCGUCGCGCCGGCCCACGGUGUGCAGCAGCCCCGCGCUGCAGGCUGCGCACGCGCACUCCACCAGCGCCACCGACCGCGUGUCGCACUCGCUGCUCACCGCCCUCGCCACCGCCGCGCACGCCAAGGAGAACUCGCUCAAGUUACAACGCAUGGAGGCCGGCAUUCGCAGCGUUUGGUCUCGCAUGGAGCGCGCGGGCACCAGGGCUCUGCCCCUGGCCGGGGCUCUGCUGCGGGGCUCCCUGCUGCAGCACCAGCGGCACCACUUGCACAUCCUCGCCGCUAUAGAGGUCCUACCUGAUGAGGAACUCUUCUCGGACAACGUCAGCUCCGAAGUGCACAACAUAGUGGAGUGCUUCCUCGGCAUGCUGAAACAACAGGGCGGUCGCGAGAGCAGCCGCGACAACGCUCUCCAGUACCGGGUGGCCGCGCUCCUCAGGAGAUACCUCACCACGCGGCCGCAGCGGGCCACGCAGCUGUUACACGCCCAUAGAGACACGCUAGCUUCGAUACCGGCGUUAAGUUCGCUGAGCAACGCGGAGCUGUCUGCGCCCGCGUCGUCGCUGCCGCCGCCGCACGCGCUGCGGGCGCUGCAGCGGAGGCAGGACCCGCCCGAGGAGCUGCUCGCCAUGAUACAGGAGCUGGAGUCGUGGGGCGGGCGGCGCGGCGGCGCGUGGGGCGGCGCGGGCGUGGCGGGCGCCGUGCUGCGCGCCGCCGCGCCGCUGUGCGCCGCGCCGCACGCGCCGCUGCGGGCCGCCGCGCUGGCGCUGCUGGCCCGCCUGCUGCCCGCCGUGCCCGACACCGCGCCGGGUCUGAACGCGGUGUUGGAAUGCCUAGAAUCGAAUCAACCUGAAAUCUGCCAGUCGGCGCUGGACAAGCUGCCGGAGCUGGUGAUCGGCAUGCAGGAGCACGCGGCGCGGCUGCUGCUGGCCGCCUUCGAGCUGGGCGCCGCGGGCCGGCACCCCGUCGAGACAUGUCUCGCCAAGUGCGUAGCCACCAUAAACCUGCAUAGAGGCUGCUGAAGAGUACCCACAGAGGAGAGGAGGUGGGGCGCUGGUGGGAUUCACCAGCUUCAGAAUAGUGUAACCAACCUGUCCAUCCCUACAAAUUGAGAAUUGCAAUAAGCAACUAGUCUACUUCCUGCCUCAGAAUAGUUUGAAUAGGAAUCUCUGGCAUUCGGAGCAAAAACAAAUGCUUGUCUACAGACGACCUUGGUAUAAUAUUUAAAUUGUACCUUUAUUUUUUGGAAUGAGUUAUAUGGCCAGUAUAAUUUUCAUAUAAAUAAGAAAAUGUAUAUCAAACCACUCAAAUUUACUUACUGCUUCUAUUUCUAGCAGGACAGUUCCGUGUAUCAUGAAUUCUUGGCAUAUGAUUGACCAUAUAAUACUAUUGUUUUAAAACGAAAAAUUUUAUAGCUAAAGAACUCUUCUAGCCUUGGUGGUACAUUUGUAGGUUAUUGACAAAAAUAACAGUUUGUGAUGAGUAUCCAUCUCAUACUCGUAAACAUAUUGGCUGAAUUCCAUGUAGUAUAUACAAUAAGCUUAAUAAAAAAAGGAUGAUAGGUACUUUUGUGAAAGAAGAAAAUGAGAGUUUUAUAACUCAGAGGAUGAGGUAUGAAAACAAAGUUGUUUUUGUAAAUAAAUAUUAAUAUAGGUACCUACCCAAUGUAUUUGAAUUUGUAUUGUAGGGUUACAUACUUCUACAAAUGUAAUAAAAGAAAAAUAAAACAAUUUUAUAGCACCAA